CCGCCGUUCCGCCCGCAGCAGGCUGACAAGAGCUGGGAGCCGCUGCCGCAGCAGCCUCGUAAGAGCCGGCCGGAAGCGAGAGCCGGAGCGGGCCCGCCAGCCGCCGCCAUGGGGAACCGCGUCGCGCGAGAGGACUUCGAGUGGGUCUACACCGACCAGCCCCACGCCAGCCGGCGCCGGGAGAUCCUGGCGAAGUAUCCAGAGAUAAAGUCCUUGAUGAAACCUGAUCCCAACUUGAUCUGGAUUAUAAUGCUGAUGGUUCUCACUCAGCUGGUUGCGUUUUACUUGGUGAAAGACCUGGACUGGAAGUGGGUCCUGUUCUGGGCAUAUGCCUUCGGCAGCUGCAUUAACCAUUCCAUGACCCUGGCUAUCCAUGAGGUCUCCCACAAUAGCGCCUUCGGCAACAACCGAGCCCUGUGGAAUCGCUGGUUUGGAAUAUUUGCUAAUCUUCCUAUUGGUGUUCCAUACUCCGUUUCUUUUAAGAGGUAUCACAUGGACCAUCAUCGCUACCUUGGGGGUGAUGGCAUCGAUGUGGACAUCCCCACUGAUUUUGAAGGCUGGUUUUUCUGUACCACUUUCAGAAAGUUCGUGUGGGUUAUCCUUCAGCCUCUCUUUUAUGCUUUUCGACCUCUGUUCAUCAACCCCAAACCGAUAUCUUACCUGGAAAUGAUUAAUACUGUGAUCCAGAUCACUUUUGACAUUAUAAUUUACUACGUUUUGGGAAUUAAAUCUUUAGUCUACAUGUUGGCAGCAUCCUUACUCGGUCUAGGUUUGCACCCGAUUUCUGGACAUUUUAUAGCUGAACAUUACAUGUUCUUAAAGGGACAUGAAACUUAUUCAUAUUAUGGGCCUCUGAAUCUCCUAACCUUCAAUGUGGGUUACCACAAUGAACACCAUGACUUCCCCAACGUUCCCGGGAAAAACCUUCCACUGGUGAGGAAGAUCGCAGCCGAGUACUAUGACAGCCUCCCCCACUACAACUCCUGGAUCAAAGUCCUGUACGACUUCGUGAUGGAUGACACAGUGAGUCCCUACUCGAGGAUGAAGAGGCACCAGAAAGGCAAGGUGGAACUGGAGUAAGUGUCACUACAGCCGAAGGAAGGUCCUCUGUGAAACUUCACCACAGCUGAAAAGUGGCAUUUCUGCAUUAGUAAUCCGGGGCCACGACUUUGAGAAGCCCCUCUUACAGUGUCCGCGCCUGAUCCCUGCGCCACCAGGAGCUUACCUGGCUGUCAACAGCCAGCCCACCUGGCUGUCUUCCGCUGUGCUCACAGGAGAUGUGUGUGCUGUGUCACUGUGGGGGAAAUCUUCCCUGUCCGCUGAGGUUUUGUAAGCAUAUCAUAAAAAAGCUUUAAAAACUCUUUCUAGUACGUUAUUUUCACUAUAAAGUUGUACUUUAUUAAAACAGCUAAUAAACUGAGCUAUUAAUCACAGUGGUGUUUGUGACAUUUUCAUACUUGACUGUCUUCAUCUGAUACAGUACUGGGGUGAGUCUACUUCAAAAUGUCU